AUGUUAAAUUUUACCACCACCAAAAUAAACCAAUUUAAACAAUUUAAAAAAUUCUUUAUUUAUGUAUUCACAUUAAUCAUUAUCAUAUUGAUUAUUCAACCUAUUUCAACUUUCGAAUUAGAUUUUGAUUCCGAUAAUAUAAUAUUCAAUAAUGCAGAAAUCGAUAAUAUCCAAUUUUUGGAAAAUAAAAUAAUCGUAAAUAAGGCAUCGAAUAAUUCUUUGCUCUGGGGAACUUAUAGACCAAAUUUAUAUUUUGGAACAAGACCUCGAUUACCGGAAAGUUUAAUGACAGGUUUAAUUUGGUUCGGAUUGAAUGAUGAUAAUUCAAUACAUAUAAGACAUUCUUGUGAACAAUCAGAUGAAUUAAAAGAAUAUAGUUAUAAAAAACAUGAUGGUCGAUCUUUUUCCUUACAAACCAUUACUGAUGUUAAAAAUAAUUUGAUUUUGAAGACAGAAUAUCUAAAAGUUCCUGGUGGUGAUUGGGCUGUUCGUAUAACCGGAAAUCCAAUUUAUGAAGAGAUGCCGUCAAGAAUAUCAUUUUUAUAUUAUUUUGGUUUAGAAGGAGAAGGAUCUUUAGAAUUAAAGAAAGAAGAACGAGAUGAAUAUAUAAAUACAACCGAUUUGACAAAGAUGCAAUAUUGGGGACAUUUAGUGCCUGAUGGUGAUGUUUGGCGGGCAAGAGAAUAUUUUACUGGUUUAUUAGCAAAAAAAGUGGAUACUAUCCGAUCUCGAUCAUCACCCGAUUUCGAAUCACCUUUUCCACCACCAUCACUUCUUUAUACUUUAAAUAAUGAAGUAAGAGAGAAUGCAAAUUUUUAUAUGUUUCAAAAGAUGGUCGAGGUUCCUUUUCAGUUUGAUAUAUUUUUUGAAUCUGAUUCAUCUCCUAACCAUAUUGAAGAUUUAACUAAGAGUUUAGAAAUAAGUUCACAGGAAUAUGAUGUCAAAUUUGAAAAAGUAUUUGGAUUAGCCGCAAAAGGAUUUAAUGACAAACAUAUUUAUUUCGCUCAAACUAUGUUGAGUAAUUUACUUGGUGGAAUUGGUAUUGUGGAUAGAUCAUAUACAGAAGAUGAUUAUGAAGAAUUUGGAGAAGAUUUUUCGCAGAGGAAAAGUAAUCCGAAAUUAUCUUCGCCAGCAGCGUUAUUUACCGCCACACCUUCACGACCUUUCUUUCCUAGAGGAUUUUAUUGGGAUGAAGGCUUUCAUCAACUUCUUAUUGGAGAAUGGGAUAAUGAUUUAAGUUUGGAAAUUAUAAAAUCAUGGAUUUCACUCAUAGACGAUGAUGGAUGGGUAGGAAGAGAACAAAUAUUAGGAGAGGAAGCCAGGAAUAAAGUAUAUCACCUAUCUUCUACUAUGGAUCCAGAAAUAAUAUCAAAUCGUUAUUUGUAUGAUCAAAAUUUAGCUAAAAGUUAUCUCAUUGAAAUAUAUCCUAAAUUACGAGCAAAUUAUAAUUGGUUUAGAAGAACUCAAUGGGGUGAAAUUAAAGAAUGGGGAAGAAGUGCAUCAAAUAGUAAAGAAGCUUAUCGGUGGAGAGGAAGAACUCCUGGACAUACUUUAACUUCUGGUCUUGAUGAUUAUCCUCGAGCUCAACCGCCACAUCCUGCAGAAUUACACGUAGAUUUAAUGUGUUGGGUAGGAUUUAUGGCUAGAUCAUUAACGAAUAUUGCAAAUAGAUUAGGAAUAGAAGAUGAUAUAGAAGAUUUUGGUGAACAUUACGAAAAUAUUUUAAAUAAUUUAGAUGAUUUACAUUGGAGUGAUAAAUAUAAAGCAUAUUGUGAUGUUUCAGUUGAUGAAAAUGGCAAGUAUAAUUAUUAUUUAUUAUAUUUAUUUAUUGAAUCAAUUCAUGUAUGUCACAAAGGAUAUUUAUCAUUGUUCCCAAUGUUACUUGGAUUAUUACCAAAUGAUUCACCAAAACUUGGAUCAAUUUUGGAUUUAAUAUAUGAUCCUAAUGAAUUAUGGUCACCAACUUUGAAAGAACAGGAUAUGUAUGGGAACAAUACUCUUCUAUUGACGGAGAAGGGAAAAGAAGGGUGGACUUCUUUAGUGACAUUGAUUAUGGCAGAAAAAUAUUAA